AUGUCUUGGAUAGAUUCUUGCCAAUAUGACGUAUCAACGUCUUACUCGAACUUUAUACUGGCGACAUCAGCCGAUAGACCAAUUGGCUUUUCAGAGGUUGCCGUUUUCAAACGCAAUCUUUUCUCCAAGUGGACCCGUUGGUGCAAGUUACUAUGUGAGCCAGCCUCCCCUUCUAUCAUUCCUGCAUUCAUCCGUCUUCAAAGUCCCGGCUACGAAAGCUGA